AUGGCUGCUCUCACCAUGACACCUCCCACCCGUCAACCCUUUGCCAGUCUGGAUACCCCCAGAAUGCGUCCCUUGAUGCGGUCCAAGUUGAACCGCCAGAACCAGCAAAAUGGCACACCACUAUCAGCCAAAGGCUCCAUCUUCAUCGACAAUGCAGAGAACAUCAAUCCCAACACCCUCAGUCUAUCCGGCAAGCGCAAGCGCACCCUCGACGAUGACGAAGAUACCUCCUCCAAGGGUUCGCCCAAACCCCUCAAGACCUCGCGCAUGGCCCUAUCAGUCCGCGACAUGAACUUCUCCCCGCGCCUCUCCACCCCAUCCAAGCUCUCCCUCUCAACUCCUAAAUCAGCGCCCAUCCUCAAGCCCGCCGGCCGCUCACCCCCGCCAAAGUCUCUUUCAUCCCGUCGAUCAACAAUCACCAAGGCCCGUCCUGAACCUAGCAAGCGUGGCGGCGUUGCCCGUCCUUUCUCCCUGGCUACAGCUCUGUCCCAUGGCAAAGCGAAGACUGCAAUGGCCGCCCCUAAGCCUAAGGGUCCGGCAUCUUGGUUCUUCGAUAUUCAUGUCGACUCGGAACAGGAGGAAAUGACCAACCUUAUGCAACACUCCACCGGUGUCCUUGAUAUCAGCGAUGACGAGAGUAAGAUUUCCUCCGCCGACGACCGUGGAAAGGAGAACGUUCCCCCCGCUGAAUUGGGCAUUGACCUACCCCGUUCAAGGGAGGUAAUUGCCCUAGUUGAGGCCGCCGCGACUCGUAAGGCGGGUAAGAUGGAGGAGGAUCGUUCUCCGCUUGGCGAAUUGAAUGCCGCGGAUUACUAUCCGGAAGAUUGCAAUGCGUUCUCAUUCGCUGUUGUCUACGAUGACGAGGACGAGAAUGAGAAUGGAUCCGCGUCGAAGAAGAUGCUUCCACCUUCUCAAUCUACUGUCUUGACACCUGCUAUCACUACUUCCAUCGCCUCGGUAUUGGAGGCAGCCACCCCGGCGAAGCAAACCCCAGAAUCCGGUGAUACCAGCCCCGUGCCUGAUACAACUUCUUCAGUCUCGACCGAUACCACGCAGGACUAG